GAAUCACGUUUAAAGCAUUUGGCAAAAUUCAUAUUCAUAGUACCUCACUUCUGGUUGAAGAGAGCUUACCGUACAGUGCGUGCUAGAGCCGGUUGUUACAGUUUCGUCUUUUUGAUGAAUAAUAAUGAUAAAAAUAAAAUAAAUAAAUAAAUAAAUAAAUAAAUAAAUAAACUUUUUCAGAAAGACAAGACUCGGGAGACUUCGCAUAAGUCAAAAUACAACAAAGCCAAUAUAAUAAGGCAUUAAGCCCAGCUGAUACAGUAUAAGUAUGAAUUAGUCCCAAUGAUCUACCCUCCCACCCUGUUCAAUCACGGACUGGACAUGAGCUUGCGUGUAUAAACUGUGGUUUCAGAUGGAAACUACACAAAACAGGAGAAGGAAAAGUGGUUUUCUCUAUAGAAAUCUCAGUGAAACCUUUCUCAUUGCUUCAGUGUAAGGAUUGCAGGACAAGCACCACCAACCAAAGAGGACUGCUGCUUUCCAGUAAACUUUGAAAAUCAUGUAUGGACUAUCAAUGGCAGAUGCAUUUGCUUCGAAGGAGAAGGGCUGCCUGAAAUGCUUGGUUUUGAUGUUCUUGUCGGCAGUUACAGUAUGCCAAAAAAACUCCUGGGACAUUGUAAUCCGUGGGGAAAUCGGAAAAACAGUCAUGCUUCCUUGCAUCCAUAAGGCAGUUCCGAAAGAAAGGCAGGGAAAUGUGAUGAUAUACUGGCAGACUGAAGAUGAUGACGUGGUCCAUGAGUUCAGUAAAGGAAAAGAAGGCUUGCAAUAUCUGGGAGAAGCAUAUAAGAACAGGACAAUAAUUUUUACAGAUCAGUUGGAAAAAGGAAAUUUCUCUGUACAAAUAGCUCCAGUUAGACACACAGAUGCCAAUGUUUACAUCUGCUACUUUAAUGACGCCAGAAGCUCCAUGUUAAACCCAUGCACCGUUAAACUGGAAGUCACAGCAAGUUUUACAGAUCCAUCAAUAAACCUAGGACCUUGCUGGAAAACUGGGGAGCAAGUAGAAAGAAAUGUAAGUUGCAUUUCAAAUGGAGGAUAUCCAAAGCCUCAAGUACAUUGGAGCAUACAGAACGGAGAAACCCUUGUUCAUCCACAGGGAGAGACGAACUUUACACAGGAUCCUGACAGUGGACUGUACAUUGUUGACAGUCAGGUGACUGUCAACUUUACUGAAGGGCUUACCAUCAGCUGCUCCAUUGAGAACCAGAAAACAGGAGAGAACAAAACAUCAUCUUUACGAGGCUGUCUAACAGCAGUCCCUCCUGGCUCCCCAGUAGGCAUUUUGGUUGGUGCAGCAUGCAUAAUUGUUUUGGUGAUGACUGGUUUUUUCGUCUGGAUCGUGGUUUCUAUCAAAAGAAACCAAAGAAAUGAACAGCAAAACACAGCCUUAAAUGAAGUGACAGGAAACCGAGAUACAAAUCAGUUAAAUGCAGUUUCAGAAGAUCAGCAGUCAAGUCAUCGUGUUGUAAUACAAGAACUGGGAGAGAAAGGGAACGAAGAAGGACUUCCACUGAAUAAAACAGAGAAUAACCAAGUGGAAUCAGUGACAUUAAGUACACAAGUUUACAUGUUUCCUUCAUAAAAAGG